GUCUGCGCUCACAGAUAUCAGCGGAAGGAACGUACUGACUGGCGGCCCAACCACUCCUCCCCCCUCCCCCUAGGGCUGCGACGCAGCUAUUCUGCGUUAAGCGGGCGCCACGACGAGAGACAUUGUAGGGCGCCUGCGCCAAGGGGCACGCAUGCGCAGAGGGACGAGCCCGCUGACAGAUUCUCGGUGGCGGUGGCGGCGGCAGCGGCCCUGGACUGCGGGGAAUGGGAAUCCUAGGUCUUUGAGCACCGCCCCCGCCUCCCUGCCCGCGACAUGGCUCAGGAGAAGAUGGAGCUGGACCUGGAGCUGCCUCCAGGCACGGUUGGGAGCCCGGCGGAGGGCGGCGGCAGCGGCAGCGGCGGUGGCGGCGGGGGCCUCAGGAGGUCUAACAGCGCCCCCCUGAUCCACGGCCUCAGUGACACUUCGCCGGUGUUCCAGGCCGAGGCGCCGAGCGCCAGGCGAAACAGCACAACGUUCCCGAACCGCCACGGCCUGCUACUACCGGCCUCCCCCGUCCGCAUGCACAGCAGCCGCUUGCACCAGAUCAAACAGGAGGAGGGCAUGGACUUGAUCAAUCGAGAGACCGUCCACGAGCGCGAGGUGCAGAACGCAAUGCAGAUAAGCCACUCCUGGGAGGAAAGUUUCAGCCUGAGUGACAACGACGUGGAGAAAUCCGCCUCCCCGAAACGCAUCGAUUUCAUUCCGGUGUCGCCAGCACCGUCACCCACCCGGGGAAUUGGGAAGCAGUGUUUUUCACCAUCCUUGCAAAGUUUUGUGAGUAGCAAUGGAUUGCCUCCAAGCCCUAUUCCCAGCCCAACGACCCGAUUUACUACCCGGAGAAGCCAGAGUCCAAUUAAUUGCAUUAGACCAAGUGUUCUUGGACCAUUGAAAAGAAAAUGUGAAAUGGAAACUGAAUACCAGCCAAAGAGAUUUUUCCAGGGCAUCACCAACAUGCUUUCUUCUGACGUUGCACAGCUGUCAGAUCCUGGUGUGUGUGUAUCUUCCGAUACCCUUGAUGGAAACAGCAGCAGUGCUGGAUCUUCUUGUAAUUCACCAGCGAAAGUCAGCACUACCACCGACUCUCCUGUGUCACCUGCCCAAGCGGCCUCUCCAUUUAUUCCAGUAGAUGAACUUUCAUCUAAGUGAUUCACCCACCCAUCCUGAGACUCGGUUUUGUUUUUGUUUUUGCAAUGGAGAGAAAAAUGAAGUUGGAACAAGCACUGAACUUUGUCGAUUAAUUUGAGGCUAUUUCCUAUUUUACCCUUUUCCUUUUUUGGAAUUUCCUGAAAUGUUGUUAUUCUAGAGAACUUUUAUGUCAGAUUCCUGCGGGUGCCCUUGAAUUCAGUGUAAUAUUUUCAGACGUUUUCCCAAUAAGUGUGUUGAAGCAUACAUCUUUACGCUGCUAAUAUGUCUAAAUACAUAUGUUAUCCCUUGAUUUUUUAAAAUAACUGAGAGCUCUAUUUAUUUAUGCGAUUAUUAAGUUCUGAUGCAAAUAUAAAUGUUGAAUUAAUCAGCAUAGUAAACUGAUGUUUUAAAAUUCCAUACUUCAUGCCCACACUAAUUUUUAAUGUUAUUUUCAGUGAUUGCUAAUUUCUAUUUGAUGAAGAACAAUAACUUACCUGUGUACAGGUAUUUUUUAAAUGUUAGUUUUAUCCAUCCAGUGGUUGUCUGUUUUACCCAGGAAUCCUUGAAUAUUUAAGUUUCUGGGUACAGAAGUGGAUGGGGGAUGGUGAUAAAAGAGCAGAAUAUAAAAGUUUGCAACAAAUCUUUUAAAAUUAAAUAUAUAAAAGUAAACAUAUUUAAAAAACAUUUUCUAAUGAAAUUUUAAUAGUAAUUCUAAUAAGUUGUACAAAUAUAGCUACUAUACAGAAUUUCUUUUUUUUUUUUUUAAACCAGAAAGUGCAUUCUUUUGGGCAUAAUCCUAAAGUGAAAUGGGGCAGUGCCUUGCAGUCUUAGCCCACUGUACAUAGGCUGAGGCCAGGUUCUUUGUACCACUGCAAAUUUUAAAGUUCUUCCAUUGUAGAAGAUGUGUGGGAAGCCCUGUUGAACUUCAGCAGAGCACCCAGGCAGAUGAAACUCUCUCAGUCAUUAAUAUGCUUUAAAAUACCCAAUCGUGCCUCAGUGAAAAUCCUUGCCAACAAGGAACCAGUGCAACUUUUGGCUGCUUUUAUGCUCUGCCCAUCUGUCACCUUCUUGGUUUUCCCUGGCUCAGGAAGGAAGCAGCUGUUUCCUUGCCAACAGGUCCUUCCUCUCCACCUCCCAAGAAACUAGGGCAUCAUCGCUUAGACAAAGGUACAGUGUGACUCAAACUUCUGACAGUAAGCAACAACAGGACCGUGGAAUUGUUUCAGGAACCUCUGUGGUUAAAGCUACAGCUGGACUUGACUGCCUGGGGGAUGUCGUUUAAUUAAGGGGCAGUGACUUGCCAGAGGAAAUCAGGGGAGAGUCAUCUAGGUAAAUCAUUAUUUAACUUAGGUUUUGUUAAAGGUAGAAUUGUGAAAUGUUCUUUUCUUUGCCUUUUACAAUUAAGACAAAGUAUGAAAAUAUUUAAUAACAAAUUUUUUUAUAUUAUACUUACUUAUAUUUCCUGUAUCUUCCUUAACUAGAUAAGUAGGUAGAUAGAAAGAAUGGCAAACAAAAGGGGAAGGGGAAAAAAAAAAAAAGACCAAGAAACCAAGACAAAAUGUUCCGCCUCACUUUAAGUUAUUGCCUACAGAGACUUUAACAAUUACGUGGAAUUCUUACAACUAUGAGAAUAAAUGGAACUGGUCAACUUUUGGCAGUUGCCUCAAGAAUUCAGUGCAUUACAUCGAGGGUAAGAUCGUGUCCACAGGCUUAACAUUCUCUAUUCUGGGUAAAAGGGUUAAUGUGCUCCAGUUCUGACCUUGUUCCUCAAAUUCAAACGUAUAUGUCCAACUUCCUGUUGGGCACUUUGACCUGCUUCCAGAGGUACUUUAACCUCAGCACCUUCAAAACAAAAUUUAUUACCUCUUCAUUUAACUUGUUCUUGUAUUACCUAAAUUGAUGUCAUCCUAUCUAAUUUCUUAAAACCAUGGGAAGCAUCUUUGACUUUCCCUUUUCUCUGUGUGUCAAAUCCAGCUCAAUCACCAAGUCCUGUCUAUUUGUGAAGUGAAUCUUGUGUCUCCCCUUCUCUAUCUCUGUUGCCCUGAUUUAGCUUAAGUUCCGGCGUAAGUGAUCUCGCAGCCUAUUUUCUUACCUCCCUUUUGGCCCAGUCUUCACACUGCCUCUAAAGUGAUCUUUCUAAAAUAUAAACUUGAGUUUGUCAUCCUCCUGCUUAAAAUCUUUAUGUGCUUCUCCAUUUUCUGUAGUUUAGAGAAUGCUUUCUUUAACUUGACGUAUGAUAAGGUCCUUCAUGAGCUGGCUAUACUCUAACACAGGUUUAAUCCUCUGCUCAUCCUGUCCCAAUUACACAUCUUCCCUUCUUACUCUGUAAACACUAGACCACUUGAUACUCUAAAUAUGCCAUGUACUUUCAUGUGUUUGUACCUUUGAUUAAAUUGUUCCUUUCCCUAAAAUGCCAUUUCUAUCCUUUUUACCCAGGAAAAUGCUGUUUCUUUUUAUUGCAUUUGAAUUUAACUAUGAAAUAAUGUAUACCUUCUGCU